AUGUGAACUACUUAUCAUUCGAUUUUAUUUCUCAUCGUGAAGUUAGUAAACACAAUUAUAAAAUUUGGUACCAAAAUUAGGAAGUUUAACAACCUUGCGCGGUAACUUUCCAUUCACAACCACAACAUAAACAAAUCAAAUCCUGAUUCUUGUUAUGAAAUACACGUGCACUGUUCGUAAUUGUGUGGCUAAAUUAUCUUUUCUUUAUCCAAUUUUGAACUAAAUUUCGAGAAUCCAAAUGUUUUUUUGGCCCUCUUCUACUUUUUUGUCGUCAAGAGCGUUGUCUGUAGAUUAGUCCUUAUUCUCAGCACAAUUCGCCGUUCAAGGUUAGCUAGGUAGCUCAGCUAUAGUUUGAUCACUACUUAUUUUCCUCCAGAAAAUGGGAAAACCAGCAAAAGCAGCCGGUUCUUCUGACAAGUCGCGCACUAGGGGACAACCAGCCAAGUCGUCAAGUUCAUCAAGAAAGACGUCUUCAAGAUCAUCUUCAUCUACCUCCAAGGAAAGAUCAUCCAAAUCUGUUCUUGAAACGAAGACAGAACUCGAGGAGAUCAAGUUUCCAAAGAAAACUUACAAUGAAUCUUUCAGUAACAUCGUCCUUUACUUAAACCAAUAUGAAAAAGGACAUAUUUCUCCCACAAAUCUGAAACGGAUGCAUCAGUUAGCAGUCAUCAAGGAUGCGAAAACAUUGCAGGUUGUUCAGUUAAAUACAAUUUUUGAGCGAAGAAUCACAUCUCUUACAUGGCAUCCGACUCUGACCAACAUUCUGGGUCUGGCAUCCAAAGGCGGCGGAUUAAUGUUGGUUAAUGUCUCCCAAGACAAUUGGGAUGUUAUUCAGCAAUAUCCCGGUAUUGGUCCUGGAGGUUCAAUCCUGGCCUUGAAAUUUCAUCCAACCAUUAAUGAAGUAUUUUUCACUGCUAGUCUGGAUGGCACAGUUUGCUCUAGAAAUUUUAAAACCAAUGAAUGCAUUCAGUAUCUAUCGACCGGUAGCUACGAUCAUUGGUUUACAUCAUUUGACUUAAGUGAGGAAACGGGUGUAAUGAUAGCUGGUGACACCAAAGGUGUCAUUAGCCUCCUGUCUAAAGAUGGUGCCAAGGUGAAGGAGGCCAAAAUUCAUCAGAAGAGCAAAGUCAAUCAUAUUGAAUUUUGCCCUCGAAAAAGUUGGUUAUUCGUGACAGCAUCGCUUGACAGAAGUGUUAAGCUGUGGGAUCUAAGGCAAUUUUCUGAAAAUGCUAAACCGCUCUUCACGUUUCCACAUUUAAAACCGGUGAAUUCUGCAUAUUUCAGCCGCACCAAUGCCAAUUACUUGCUGACAACAGAUCAACAUAGUGAGCUGCGGGUUUUUCAAGCUCCGAACUGGGAUCUUGUAAACAUAAUUACUCAUCCACACAGGCAGUUCCAACACAUUACUCCCAUUAAGGCUACUUGGCACCCUCUAGAGGACAUAGUAGUCUGCGGAAGGUAUCCAGACCCAAAUCUCUCAGGCCACACCCCUGGUGAAUUAUCUACAGUAGAUUUUAUGUGUCCCACAACUGGGCGUAUGCUGUACCAAUUGCAUCACCCACCCUUCACAGGUUUACUGUCUUUGAACCAGUUCAAUAAUAAUGCAAGUUUGCUGGCAACAGGUUCCGGGUCUAAAGCUAUCAUUUGGGCUCCGAAAGGGAAACAGGUCAGUGCAGUAGGCAAAGAAAAUAUCAACAAAAAAAGGAAGAAAAGAAACGAAGAUGAAGAUGAGGAGGAGGAAGAGGACAAGGAAGGAACUUCAAAGUAUUUUGAUGUUCAACAGCCUUCAACAUCACACAAAAUUCGUGACCAGGAAGGGGUCAAUCGUCGUUGCAGCAAAACUGAUGGAAAAAAAAAAGCACGUCCAAGCGAUUCAUAAAUUAUAUGGCAAGAAUAAAUUUUUCAUUUCUUGUGUAUAAAAUUUUCAAUUUUUUUGUGAACUCUUUUUUAUAGAUUUCAGUUAAAUCAUACCAGUGAAAAUGUUCUUGUUAUAUGUAAAAUCACCAUGGGUUUGUCCCAGCGAAUUUUCAAGUUGUGAAAGACUCAGUUACCUUAUUUUUGAUUGAUAUCAUACAACUGAACUGAAUGAGCAGUCAAGUGUUAUUUAUUUAUUUUAUACCAGCCUUUUGGAUCAGCGUCAUUUAGAUAUGUGACAAUAAAAUGAUGGGGCUUGUGUGUGAGAAUAUGUUACUCGGUGAGUGAGAUUGUGUUCUGUAUUCAGUGUAAAUUAGGUUGCAGAAUAAAAGGAUAUUUUAGCUGAAAUUGACUCCUUGACAACAUAAAACUUGAUUUUUGUUAAAAAAAAUUGAGGUGCCUCAUACAAUUUGCUUCUUUGUACUUCAUCAGGAGGCAGGAAAUAGCUUUCUAACAAGAACCUCAAUAUACGCCCAGUUAAUCUCUUGCAACAGCAAGAUCAGUUAUGAAACGAAGUACUCACAAGUAAAAUUUUGCAAGAAUUGCGGCUAGUUUACGUUGGAUUAAUUCACAAACUCUCACAUCAGUCUCGACAUUACGCCUAGAAUCGUAGUCCUAGAUUCUACAUUUAUAUGGGAAAUAUUCAUAUUCUGCUCAAGGAAGGGCAGGAUGGCAGAAAAUUGCUAUGCCUGAUGAUUGAAAAUUAAUUAUCUUUUUGUCACGUGUAAUCUCCUUAUAUUCAGACAACCUUGUUCGUGUUCUCAGCCUUGUCUCUGCGCAAAGCAUUUCACCGAUUGUGAAUACAUAGACUUUCCCUUGAAGUUUUGUUUCACAAGAGUUGUAGCCUUUAACUGUUUUUCUGGAGCUUGAAAGUUAAUUUUAGGCUCAACAUGAUAAGCAUGAUAACUAUUAAGCUCCGUGAUAAUUUUAGGCAUCAAUGUGUUAUUUUUGAGUUUUUCAUAAGAUCAGAUGAAAGAAUUGAAAAUCCCAUCUUCUUCAAAGAAUUCGAAUGAGCCAAUCAAAAAGAUCUCAAAAACAGCUUAACAGCUCUUGGUCAAAAUUUUGCGGCAACAAUUUAAACAUUUUCAUCUUCUUUCCAGAAUAUUUGAAUAAAAAAAGCAAAUCUACCUCUAUUUUCCUCUUGGAAAUAUCUCUGCAUUAAUUUAUAUCAGUAGACUUAAGUAAAUUUUAGUAUUAUUCAAUUAUGAACAACUACUUUUGUAAGAUUAAGGCGUUUUUAUGUUCUGCUUGGUCAUUUGCCAUAGUGUCUAUCAGUUACAGACUUUUACGCACUUAGCAAUCAAUCUGAAGAUGUCUAAAUAAACUAAAUUUGAUUUCUGUAAGAUUGCAACAGAUCUACAUCUAACAAAACGGGUAUUAUAAAAUUGAGGUUCCUACGAACGAAACUCAGAAGCCUCUAUUACAUUCUCAAUCUAUCAACAGUAAGAGCAACCUUGAAUAAUUCACAUUGAGUUUUACCUGGACAGACUAUUUUUCACUAAAACACAUGAUAGCAUGUAAAAUUUUGUGUUUGAAUUCGAUGAUGCCACUGGUUACUAAAUCAACUCUCAUGCUUAAAGGAGUUCUGAAAGUUUAGGACCAUAAUGGGGGGGGGGGGCAUUGCACCAGCAUAGGAGAGUCCUUCUAGAAACCGGAAAAAUCACAUUUGGACCGCGUCAAACAGAAAGGAACUAUGCCACAUCAGCUAUUGCCAAAUUUAAUCAGGCAAUUUAAUUUUUACAUGAAAGCGGUCGUGCGAAUUAUUUUUGCGAAAUUCAGUGAAUUUUCUGCAUAGUGCAAAGUCAAUUCCUCGAAAUUUUCUAAAAAAAAUCCGCACAAACGUUCUCUCGUAAAAAAUCGAAUUGCCCACAUAAAUUUGACAAAAGCUGAUGUGGCUCGGUUCCUUUCAAACGCAACCCAUUUGUCAUGCAGAGGUAGGGCUGAACUUGUCGACAGAGAUACGCCAUGAGUGUGGGCUUCAAUUGUCAAGUUAUUCUCAGAACAGUCAAAGUAACCAUGCUAAUGAUGUCAGCCUUGUGUGAAAAAUUACUUUGAGUGAUGCAGAAAUGGACUCUCACUACUAAUGUGUUCUUCCAUUACAGUCCUUGUUUUUGUUCCAUGGAGUUACUAUUACCCACACAAAACCAGUGGUCUGAUUGCUUUUCUUACUGAAGGUUCACUCAAGAUGAGAUAUUUAAAUUGAAAUUCUUUGACUUUUUUCUUUUCGUAGAGAGAAAAACUACUUAUUGCUCUUUCUGAAACUUUACUAGAUAGCUGAAAUAGUUACUCGCACUAAUGUGUUUUUCGCAAAAGACUUAAGCCAUCAUCUGUCCCUAUUUCUGUUUCAUUUUGUAUCGAAUACUGGUAGAUGCUAAGUGUUGCUCAGUCCAUCCAUCCAAAGUUGUGAUCGUCUACUGUAAUUUCAUAUUAAAUUCUAGCCAAUCAAUACUCCUUAUUUCCUCCUUCCAUGGAUCUUCUUUGUAUGGGAGCGGUGAAUGUAUUUUUCUCUCUGAGGUUCUUAGAACAUGCAUCUAAUUUUAUAUUUACAAUACUCAAUAGAUACCUUAAGACCCUAAUUUCCCUCCGCUCAAAAUUUUUUAUUCAUUUUUUGACUUCCGCUUUACCUCUUUGAUCCUUAAUUUAUCAUUAUAUAAUGUUUUUCCAAUUGAUCUCCAUUGCAUUAUUGCAUGUAUAUAUGAUAAAAGUAACGAUGUUGCAUUUAAACACAAUGCAUGUAGUUCCCAUAAAUAAGUCCCAUUAUCCGUCACAUUUUUUAGAAUUAAACAUGAAAUUUCUCCCAA